GAUAAGGGUGAAAUCAACAUGUGCCCGCCGACUUGUCUCGGGCAGUUUUACGAAUUUUUCUCCUUCUCUUACCUUACUCCUCCGAUUCAAUAUAUCAGAAGGUUUGUUCGUCCAUCUAAAGAUAAAAAAGGAUUAGAUUAUUUGUUUCAAAUCGAUAUUAAAGUGUCAAGUGGGAAGCCUUUCACUGUUAAUGCAACAAGAACAGGUUUUUAUCCAGCGGGGAAACAGCAACUUCUGUGUCACUCCUUGGUUGAGCUGCUGCAACAGAUUAGCCGGCCUUUUGAUGCGGCUUAUGAUGCUCUUAUGAAAUCUUUCAUUGAGCACAAUAAGUUUGGCAACCUUCCUUAUGGUUUUCGAGCAAACACUUGGGUAGUUCCUCCGGUUGUUGCAGAUAGCCCAUCUACUUUUCCGUCACUUCCAGUGGAAGAUGAGACAUGGGGAGGGGAUGGUGGUGGAGUGGGCCGGUCUGGUAAGCAUGAUCAGAGGAAGUGGGCAAAGGAAUUUGCGAUUUUGGCAGCAAUGCCCUGUAAAACACCUGAAGAGAGACAGGUUCGAGAUAGGAAGGCUUUUCUACUCCACAGUCUAUUUGUCGACGUUUCAGUUUUCAAGGCAGUGGAAACUAUUAAAUAUGUACUAGAGAGUAAUCAAAGCUCACCAAAGGAUCCUGGUGCAUUGGCUUUCCAUGAAGAAAGAAGAGGUGAUUUAAUUAUAAGGGUGGCUAGAGAUGAUCCUGAUGCAAGUGCCAAGCUUGACCGAAAGAGUGAUGGGACCCAGGUUCUAGAGAUCUCUCAGGAAGAACUUGCUCAAAGAAAUUUACUCAAAGGGAUCACUGCUGAUGAGAGUGCGACAGUUCAUGAUACGUCUACCUUGGGGGUGGUGGUCGUAAGACACUGUGGCUGUACAGCCAUUGUAAAGGUUGCUCCUGAAUUUAACUUGAAUGGUGGCCACAUCCUACAGGAUAUUGACAUUGAAGACCAAUCGGAAGGAGGUGCAAAUGCACUGAAUGUAAAUAGGUAAAAUAUAUGGUCUUAGUGGUUUGUCUAAAAGUUUCAAGCAAAAGGGCAUGUCCAUUUACUCACGUGUGUGUUGCUGAACAUAUGGCUUGGCAUGAUCUAAAAAUUUGUGACAUUUUGGCAUAUAAUUUGUUCUGGUUAUGGUUA